AAAACGUAAACUCGCAUUUGAACUCUCCCGCGUCUGCAGUUACCCUCUUCAACUCUCUCCCGCCUCCGGUGAACGUUUUUCUCUUCCGUCCAUUUCUUCUCCACUUCCAUCCAUUUCUUCUUCACGACUCUCCGCUAUAUUUUCCGAUUUCAACUUGUUCACCGAACGUCUCCAUUUCUUCUGCACGGGUCUCCAUUUCGACUUCAUCUCCGGCGGACGCUUCUCCACUUCCAUCCAUUUCGAUUUCAGGUCUCAGUAUGGCUUCGACAUCAACUAACGGUCCCAUGUACAAGAUUGACCCUGCUCAUCAUUUUCAGUCUAUAGUAAGUAGUUUAGCACAUUUAGAAAACAGUACACGUACAAUAAAGGCUAAAUUGAAACCGGAUCAAUUAACCUUAUUUAGAAAUACAAAGUUCGGCCACUUUUUGGAUCUGAAUAUAAUCUUUAAUGGGCCGCUCAUCCACUACUUAUUGUUAAGAGAGGUGGAAGAUGAAAGGGUUGAUCACAUAAGUUUCAAGAUAGGAGAAGUCGUGUGCAGUUUUGGAAGGAGAGAAUUUAAUAUGAUGACGGGUCUAUGGAGUUCUCAACCAGAGCCUAUUGAUUUGGUUGGGAAUAGUAGGUUGUUGGAGAAGUUCUUCGAACAAAAAAAGUGUAUUUAUAUAAGUGACUUAGAGGACACAUUUGUGGAAUACGAGGGGGAUGACGAUGACGAUGACAUAGUUAAAUUAGCUCUAGUUUACUUUAUAGAGAUGUCAUUGUUAGGAAAAGAUAGGCGGACGAAAGUGGACCGAACUUUAUUUAGGAUUGCAGAUGAUUGGACCACAUUUAACAAUUACGAUUGGGGAGGGUUGGUUUUUGGACGUACACUUUCUGCCUUAAAACGAGCCUUGGACAUGCAACAUGCCAAGGGAAAGAAUAAAUCAACUAAGACAAAAUAUACUGUCAUGGGAUUUCCGCAGGCGUUACAGGUUUGGGCAUAUGAGUCUAUACCAACCAUCACUGAAUGUGGUGUACAUAAAGUAAGCAACGAUGCAAUACCACGAAUGCUGAGGUGGGUGUGCGAACUAUCGCCGAAGUCUCAUGUCCUACAGAGGCAGGUGUUUGACUCACCAAUGUUCUUAAUUAACGUGGUAAUUGAGAUGAUGCCUGAAGAGGAGGAGCAUCUAAGAAUGUCUUCAGGGGAACUUGUUGAGAAAACUCAUCCAUAUAACACCGUUUCUGAGAAGAAUGGUGAUUCAAAACGACCAGGAGAAGCUAGUAAUGAUGACAAUGACUGCAAAAAGAGUAAGAAAAAGAAGAAGUGGAAGUCUAAGAUGAAAGAAGUUGUUCGAAAACUCAAAUAUCGAGUAGCGGUUCUCGAGAAUGAACGUGAAAGCCUAAAAUCAAUGCUGUCGACUAUAUUGAAACACCUUGAAGUUCAAAAAAAGGGUGAAGAAGGAGACUGCACGGGAGUUGAAGGUCAUGAUGCCCAGACCGAAGAUGUUGACACACCCGGUACACCUUCUUGGUUGAGGAUGCCCAAGGAGGAUGACACAAGUGAUGGGGUGAAACAUGUUGAACGUCAAAAGCAGGGUGUCGAAGCAAACCGCACGGAGGAUGACACAAUGGAUGAGUUGGAUAAGAAGGUUCAUAUUCAUUCGGAGGAGCCUAGAUUAGGCACCUCUCCUAUUGCACCUUUCAAUUUCUCUAAGAACCACUGUAUUGAAGCAUCUGUUUCUCUGUCCACCACUCCAAAGGCAAGAGGAUAAAUUUGAUUGUUACCAUCCAAGCAAACAGCAACUAUCAACUGACCCCGAUAUUUGUUCUUAAGGAAUGUUCCAUCCAUGACUAUAACCGGUCUAAUGCAGUUUAAGAAUCCUCGAACACAUGGACCAACAGCCAUAAAAAGAUAUUUGAAGAAACGAUUAUCUUCAAGUUCCAUGUGAAAUAUUGUACCUACAUUUGCAAGUUUGAGAGCUUCACCAUAUCUAAGCAAUAGAUUAUAUGACUCUUCAGGACACCCGCGCAC